AUGGAUCUGGACGCGUGGAAGUUGCUGUCCAGUACAAGCAUCCGCAAGGACGAUGCGGACUUCUUUUCAGGCACCGGCGAGGUGGCAUGGGACAAGGCAGAGGAGGAAGCUGAGACAUGUGUCGAAGAGGAAUCCGAGACCUUUUUCGAAGAGGAAUCCGAUGUGUCGGAUGAAGCAGAGCAAGCAGAACGCCCAUCAAAGAGAGCCAGGUCAGCCCCAAGAGUCAGUGGAGCUGGUCCAUGCCGCAGCCUAGCCUUGGGCGUCGCCGAGGAAGACGCCGAGAUCUUCUCGGAAGAGGAGCCCGACCUGUCGACUGAAGCGCGGCGCACGCGCGCUCCAUCCGAAAGAGGCGGGAAGGCCCGGAAGAAGAUCGCAGCCCAUGAUCUCCCGGUGAGGCGAAGAAAAGAGUCCCUUGAAGCAGAGGUGGUGAAGGCCCUGAAGGAUGUCCCGACGCCUGAUCUCCGGGUGAUUCAGAGCUGUAUCCAUACCUUACCGUCCGAGCUGCGUUUGUUUCCCCCCUGCAUCUCAUACUGCUAUUUCUGGAUGAUGGGUAACAAGCGAAGAUGUGGACAGAGCUGCAAGUAUCUACAUAGCAAGUUGCCAGAAGGGUCCAUUGCAAAGAGCAUGAUGACCAGGAGUUUGGGUCACUUUGCGAUUGAAGAUGUUUCCAAACAAGUCUCCAACUGGGUUUUGUGCGAUGUGGCUUCGGACCUUGAGGAGCGAAGAGUGGGGGCUACCCAAGGAGAGGAAAUGUUACUGAGGCUGCUUCAAGGGCAGCAAGAGCAGCUUCAGAGGCUGCAAGAGAUGAUGGGAGCCCAGGUUCAUGGGCAACAGCAGCUUGCAGCUGCAACCCAGAGCUUUGCUUCGGCUAGCUCGGCCACAAAGGGACGUGGCUUGAUUGAUGUGAAAGCUGUGGGGCGACCGAGCCAGCUGGGCGGUACAUUGGAAGAGGCGUCGCGAAAUUGGCGCCAAUGGUCGUAUCGUCUUGAGCUUUGGCUAGCCUCGCAAUUUCCGGAUGCUAGGAAGAUCCUUGCUUGGGUCAAGGAGAAAGGUGAUACCGAGAUUCCCUUAGCAAGCCUGGAGUCGACUUCGAUUACGGGCGUUGCCAAGGAAGCGGUGCUGGAAUUUAAUCGCCAGCUUGAGGUGGUUCUUGGGACGCUUACUAGCGAUGCGCCUGGGGACAUCACGAUGAAUAGUUCGACUGGGUCAGGUUUGGACAUGUUCCGGAGGCUGCACGCCCGCCUGGAUCCAUCGGACAUGGUCACCAGCAUGAGGUGGCUAAGGUCACUUAUGAGCACUUCGGCGGUGGACUCCGUCACCGACCUGGUGCCAGCCAUUGAAAAAUGGGAGGAUGCUCACCGGCGGUACAGCCAGCGGAAGGACUGCGCACCUUUGACGGAGCAGCAGAAGAUGGUUUCUUUGAUCGGUCUCGCGCCGUCUGAGCUUCAGGGCCACCUGGAGCUAAACCUGGGAAGGCUCAGCAGCUAUGAGUUGCUGAGGAGAGAAAUGGUGUCCUUUGCGGAUACCAUGCGGGCCUUUACGGCCACGGACGGUGCUGUGCCAAUGGAGGUGGAUGCUUUGAAGGGUGCCAAAGGACCGAAAGGAAAAGGAAAGAAAGGAGACAAAGGAAAGGACAAGGCUCAAGCGGGCAAGGGUAACAAGAACCGGCCAAAGGGCCGAGCCAACGAGCUUGACGGCACGGAGGGCGGCGCCAUGGAUGGGGCCGGCGAUGCCGAAUAUGAAGCCGAAGAGCCUGAUGAGGAAGCCGAGGCGAAGCUGACCCCGAUGGGGACCAGGGAAGAUGGAAGCGGAGGUGAUGGAGCGCUUCGUUCCUCACCUGGUGCCGACACCUCUGGAGCCGGGAGCUCCACGGAUCCCCCGGCACCCAAGGCAAAGGCCAAAGCGGGAACUACCAGUUCCACCCCAGUGGGCCUAAGGAUGGCCGAUAUGAGUGUGCUGAACAAGCUUCAGGAAAGGCGAAGGGAGCUUGAAGCUCAGAUCGCCGAGGUGGAAGCCAAGGGCAGCGAAGGUGACCAAGGGGAGCUCACCAUGCACCGGCUGAUGCUGGACAUGGUUAAGGGUCAGAUAAAGAGGGCCCAGGAGCUCAAAAGGAACCGAGAAGAAAGGAUCUCGGCUAGGCUUCAGGCCGACCUGAAUGCGGGUCACAACCCGCGGCUGGCAAAGCGGAAAGAAAAGAGCCGCCAGAGAGCGGCCAAGCACCGACAAAGCCUCAGGCUAGGGCAAGCCAAGGCACGAGUUAGAAGGGAGGAGGCCCUGGAGAGGAGGUUCAACAUACCCGAGAGGGCACGCAAGCAGGAUGAAUAUCCGUUGCUGCCCAGUGCUGGGUCCAAGGUGGCUGCACCACCCUCUCGCCGGGAAAAGGCUAUGAUGAGAGGCGAAGGCGAGGACCGCGAGCACUCUGGGGAUGAGCUCGACGAGCCCAAGGAAAGGGACUGGAGUGCCAAGCCUCGGCGGCUAACUCCAGAGGGCCGCGAAGGCAAGAGGCUGCGAGAGCAGAGGAGGAAGAAAAGAAGGGCUCAGGAGAUGAAGGAAGAAGCGGGUGGUGGACCGCCUCGGUCCCCACCGGCAGGGGUUCGAGGAACCGACCGGCCCAGUGAGCCGAAGGGGCCACCGCCUAAGCUGCGGCCGACCCCUAAGAUGGUCUUCACCUUCAUCGACGGCUCGGGGGUUGUGGUGCGAAGAAAGGGCAUCUCCGAGCUCACCCUCAGCCAGAAAAGGAAGGUGGAGGAGGCAAUCGCCUCUGCACCUUGGAGGGCCGAGCCCAAGACCCGAGGCAGGCCCCAGCUGAACAAGUACAGCCAGAUGUUGUCGAGGUUUGUGAACUACCUCAAGGGCUACCGACCAGCCCUGCCAGAGAAGCAGAUCCGCCGCAGGGGUCUUGCGAAGCAGUACCAGGCUGCAACCAGGUUUCGCGCAAGGGUUGGAAUCCGGAGGAAACUCCGGGCCCUGGCCCCAAGGGGCACGGUGGGCGAAACGAUCGCCAACCGGGACCUGGAUGAUGACAGCGACUGCCACUCGUGCCACAGCAGGCGUGUGAAGACAACCGAGCCUGCAGACCGCUUUUACAAGAAGCGGCGGGCAGCACGGGCCAAGCAAAAGGCCCAAGAGCUCCUGAGCGAAGACGAGGAAGAUGCUCCAAGGGGGUACGACGACCCCGACACAGACUCAGACCCCGGCCACCGUCCGCUGGGCCGUGGGCCAAGGAGCCCACCAGGUGGUGGGGAAGGAGCAAAGGAGGCCGUGGCGUACUCCUUGGCUACCACCAUCCAAAUAAUCCUGGAUAGUGGGGCAAGCCACAAUGUGAUCCCACAAGAGUGGGUGAAGCACCUGGAAUGGGGACCCGCCGAAGGACCGGCAGGCUUCCGCACCGCAGAUGGAAGCUGGCUGCCAAACCUCGGUACGGCCGUGGUGUCUUUGAGGUCGACCGAAGGGUUUUCCUUUAAGGUCCGGUUUUGCGUGGCCUCGGUGCAGCGUGCGCUUCUCAGAGCGACCCAAGUGCUGAAGCUUGGGCACACGAUCGUCCUGAAAGGAUCGAGAGCGGUGAUCCAUGUGAAAGGAAGCAAGGAGAAAACUUUGGUGUUCAAGAUCCUUGGGUCGCCUAAGGCGACGUUUGCUUUCAAGGGUUUCCCGCGGCACUGCCCGGAGGAGUCUAACUCGGGCAAGAAUCGAUCUGGAUCCCUUUAUGUGGGUGAAGCCGGUAGUGCUGAUCCACCAAGGGAGGAAGCUGCUUCAGCGUCCUCCCAGCCACAGGUCGAUGAGGGUCAGUCUGCUCAGCCGUUGGCCCGGCCAGACCGACCAACGCCCGAGAUGAUAGCAGCUCAUGAGGUUUCCCAUGUUCCACACAGGAGUUGGUGCAGAGCCUGCGUUGCAGGUCGUGGUCGAGCUUACCAGCACAAAGCUUCGGGUCAGGAGUCCACGGUGCCUGUCAUCAGCAUGGACUACCUCUACUUCAAUGAGAGGACCGAUGGUGCUGGACUGCCCACCAUAGUCCUUCGCGAUCGCCACUCGAAGGCUAUCUUCUCGCACCUCCUCCCGUGCAAGGGAACGACUGGGUCUACGCACCCUGAGCGGGCUAUCUUGAAGGACCUUGAGUUCCUAGGGUACAAGAAACUGGUCCUGAAGAACGACCAGGAAGCUUCUAUCAAAGCUCUAUCUCUAGCUGUCCGAAAUGGCUUCAGUGGAGAGAUUGUUCCGGAAGAGUCACCGAAAGGGGACCACCACGGACAGAGCAACGGGGAAGCUGAGAGGUCCGUUCAGACAGUGCAGGGUUUAGUGCGGACCCUGAAGGCCAGUUUGACCGAGAAGGGCAUUACCCUUGAACCCACCUCAUCCGUGUUUGCCUGGAUGAUUGAAUAUGCUGGUGUACUGCACACCCUGUUCAGUCAAGAGCUCCAUGAAGGGCUGACGCCUUUUCAGCGAAUAAAGGGGCGCAAGUGGCAAGUGGCUUUGCCAUGCUUCGGUGAAGCUGUAGACUACCGCCGCAAUACGCGCUCAAAGCUGGAUUCGCGAUGGCAAUCUGGAGUUUAUCUGGGCCUACGUCUGCAAAGCACGGAGAAGAUCGUGGGGACCAACCAAGGGAUCUUUGUGGUCCAGAGCAUCAAGCGGAAACCCGAGGGCCAGCAAUGGGAUUCCGACUUGGUCAAGGCAGUUCGUGGAUUGCCCUGGAAGACCUCUCCGGACGAGACUGGAGAUGGUGCUCGAUUACCCGAGCCACUGACCGUUCGAGCUCAAGUUGAGGAGGGACUGCCUCCACCUGCUCGCGAACUGGUUAAGCCCGAGGAUCAUGGAAGCCCUAAAGGACUCAGAAAGCGGAAAGAACGCGAAGAGCAGCGUGAGAGUGAAUUCUUCGAUAAGGUGAACAAAGCGGAAGAGAAGAAGAGGAAGGUGAGUACUGAGCAGGAGGCGUCCUCUUCCACAGACCCUCCAGCGGCCCAACCUUCCAGACCUCUGACCAUUGCUCGCCAACCGCCUUUGAGGCCAGAGGUUCCGAGUGAACCUAGCUCUCUGCCACCUGGUGGUGCGGCUGCUUCAGCUGCGCCCAGUGGGGGCCAGAAGAGAAAGAGUCGUGCCGGGCUGGCACCCCCCGACGAAAGGUCCGAGGGUCAGAAGCGGAAAUCACCUGAGGAUGCCGAGGGCAUGAUCGAAGAGCUCAUUCUACAAGAGCGCGAAGGUUUCAUUGCCAGUAUCGAGAACGAAGAACAACCUACAUGCGACCUGGAGGACGACUUGUGGGAGGAAAAGUUCUACGAUGAGAAUACUGGUAAAGAGCUUCCCGCCGAAGGAGAUCCAAGUUAUCACAGGAAGAAAGGAAUCAACGAAGAUCCGAGCUGGACCGAGUUCUUUGCGGCAAUGCCGCCAUUGUCCUCAUUGAGGGCUCUAUUCACGCUGGCUACAACUGGGCGCGUACCCGGCCCAAACAAGAAAGCCUUUCAGAUGAACGAGCAUGGCGAAGUUUGUGUGCUGUUCAUUGACGUGAAGAAAGCUCACUUCUGGAGUCCAGUUAGGAGGCGACUCCUCGUGGAGCUACCACCAGAAGCUGGGGAAGGACCUGACAAGGUCGGCCUUCUCAAAAGGAGCCUCUACGGAACCCGUGAUGCACCGAGCAACUGGGAACAUGCCAUCAAGAAGGUAAUGACUGACUUGGGGUUCAAGCAAGGAGUGUCCAAUCCAUGUCUUUACUUUCACCCCGAGCAUGGCUUACGUUGCAAUGUGCAUGGAGACGACUUCACAGUAGUCGGGGGCUACAACAAGCUUCAAUGGUUGAUUGAGUCACUUCAGAAAGCGUGGACAAUCGAGGUGCGAGGAAUCUUGGCACGGCCCGGCUCGAGCCUGCCAGGAGUUACUCAUAGCAUCUCUGUGCUGAACAGAUUGGUUACAUGGACCACUGAGGGGAUUGAGAUGGAAGCUGAUCCUCGCCAUGUUGACCUGGUGUUGGAACAUCUGGGUUUGAACAACUCCAGCCCUGUCACCACACCACUUGUCAAGAGCACAGGGGAUGAAGAUGAAAGUCCACUCUCCAGGGAAGAUGCUGGACUCUACCGGUCCAUAGCAAUGAGAAUUGGGUAUCUGUCAAGCGACAGACCCGAUAUGCUUCGGACUGUGAGGGAACUUGCUAAAGGACUUAAGGAGCCCACUCAGUAUCACUGGAACCUGCUCAAACGCGCAGGGAGAUACUUGAGAGGAGCACCUCGCCUCGUACAGCUUAUUCCUCACCAAGAAGGGUUCAGUGUCAUUCAAGGAUGGACUGAUACAGAUCAUGCAGGAUGCGUUCGCACGAGAAAAUCCACAACCGGGACAGUCGUGCAACUAGGGAAGGCAGUCAUCAAAGCCACUGCAAAAGGGCAGGCAGUCAUAGCACUCUCCAGUGGGGAAGCUGAAUACUACGGCCUGAUAUCCACCACCAGCGCAUGCUUGGGUGAACAAGCAAUGUUGGCUGAUUGGGGCAUCAACUGCCCUGUGGUCAUCAACAUGGACGCCACCACAGGCAUAUCCAUUGGAAGCCGGAGAGGUCUUGGACGUGUGAAGCACAUCCACACCUGCUUCCUGUGGGUUCAAGAGGUGAUCGAUUCCGGCCGAGUUAAGCUGAAGAAAGUCCCUACGGGAGAAAUGCUGGCUGACCUGAUGACAAAGCCUCUGGAUGCGAAGCUCAUCCAGAAGUUCCUGCAAGGAAUGGGCUACAACAGCAGAGCGGGACGACAUCCUUUGGCCCUGAAGACGUGA